UCACCCUCUGCCUUGUCUAUUUCCCUUGGGACAUAUCUCACCCAUAUUAACACGCUCUCUGCGUCUCGCCUGCUAACUCGACAAUCCUAAUUUUAGACGAGGCAGAAUCGCGCGCCCAGCUUGGACAAGGGGCAGCGGAGUAUUUGAACCAGGCAGGCCCAUCCAGCCGUCACCUCAACCGCAUGGACUCGGCAGUUCCGGCGUAACAUCUCAGUCGCAUAUCCACCCACAGCUGAGAUCGGCUUCUACUGGUGUCUCGGCACCAGAUAUGAUGCAGAGAGGAGUCUCUCCCCCAUCCGACGAAGCCGGACCUGUUUCCGGAUCUCCCGUGACCGGCAUGGCGGCGCAAGGUCUGCUAGGGCAUGAGCCUGACGACUCCGUAACCGACGGACGGAAGGCAAAGCGGGAGUUGUCCCAAUCAAAACGAGCCGCCCAGAACAGAGCCGCGCAGCGCGCAUUUCGGCAGAGGAAGGAACACUAUAUCAAAAAGCUCGAGCAGCAAGUGCGCGACUAUGGCGAGAUGGAAAACAGCUUCAAAGCGAUCCAAAAUGACAACUAUGCGCUUCGCGAAUAUGUGAUACAGUUGCAGUCGCGCCUCCUCGACUUGCAGGUCGAAUUACCCCAGCCGCCACCUAAUGUCAACAUUACACCGCCCGCUGCGGCCGCUCCUGGCGCUCGUGCGACGCUUGCCAGCGCCGUUCCCGAAUCUGGUCCCAGCAAUGCCAGUGCUGGCACCCUCGCGGACGUUGCUGCUGCUGUCGCCGGAUUGAGAGCUAGGGAGUCUUCGGCCGACGGAAUCUAUCCGAAGCCGACCUUCAAACCGGAGCCUAACGAGGAUUCCCAAACAGCGGAGGAAAUUCGUAGACAACUCCAACAAGAAGGCAUACCGACUCCUUCCUCAUUGCGAGCCUAGGAGGGGCACCCAACGUCUGGGGCGUGCCCCGACGACUUGUCCAGGUACCCCGGGAAGCGCGCUGAUUCGGAAAGCGAGAAUUCUCAA